CAUUUGGACUGCGGCCAUGGAGCUUAGCGUGCUCCUUCUCCUUGCUCUGCUCACCGGACUCUGGGUCCUCCUGGCCAGAGGCCGCCCAAAGGCCCAUGGCCGCCUCCCGCCUGGCCCCCGUCCUCUGCCCUUCCUGGGGAACCUUCUGCAGAUGGACAGAAAAGGCCUGCUCAAAUCCUUCCUGAGGUUCCAACAGAAAUAUGGGGAUGUCUUCACGGUGUACCUGGGGCCGAGGCCAGUGGUCAUCAUAUGUGGGACAGAGGCCAUUCGGGAGGCCCUGGUGGACCAGGCUGAGGUCUUCUCUGGCCGAGCGAAGAUCGCCGUUAUUGACCCAAUUGUCCAAGGAAACGGUGUUAUCUUUGCCAACGGGGAACGUUGGAAGGCCCUUCGGCGAUUCUCUCUGGCCACCAUGAGGGACUUCGGGAUGGGAAAGCGGAGUGUGGAGGAGAGGAUUCAGGAGGAGGCUCAGUGUCUGGUGGAGGAGCUGCGGAAAACCCAGGGAGCUCUCCAGGAUCCCGUCUUCUACUUCCACUCCAUCACCGCCAACAUCAUCUGCUCCAUUGUCUUCGGAAAACGAUUUGACUACAGAGAUCCUGAGUUCCUGAGGCUGCUGGACUUGUUCUUCCAAUCUUUCGUGCUCAUCAGCUCCCUGUCCAGCCAGCUGUUCGAACUCUACCCCAGCUUCCUGAAGUACUUUCCUGGCUCACACAGGCAAAUCUACAAAAACCUGCAGGAAAUCAAUGUCUUCAUUGGCCGCAGCGUGGAGAAGCACCGUGAGACCCUUGACCCCAAUGCCCCCCGGGAUUUCAUUGACUGCUACCUGCUCCGCAUGGAAAAAGAUAAGUCCGACCCCCAAAGCCAGUUUGAUCAUCAGAACCUCAUCAUCUCUGUUCUGUCGCUCUUCUUUGCUGGCACGGAGACAACCAGCACCACGCUCCGUUACGGGUUCCUGCUGAUGCUCAAGUACCCGCACAUCGCAGGUGGGCAGGCCGGGGACGGACACUGCGAGGGGCUUCUGACCCCUCUGCAGGUCCAGAAAAGGGUGGUGGCAUGCAGAGUCUUUAGUUUGCAGCGUGGGGGAUCAUUUGUUGUGAUANAAGUCUAUCCCAUCCUGAGCUCUGCUCUCCACGACUCGCAUUACUUUGAGACACCAGAUGACUUCAACCCUAACCACUUUCUGGAUGCCAGUGGGGCGGUGAAGAAAAAUGACGCUUUUAUGCCCUUCUCCAUAGGGAAGCGUAUCUGUCUUGGUGAAGGCAUCGCCCGCACCGAAUUAUUCCUCUUCUUCACCACCAUCCUCCAGAACUUCUCCGUGGCCACCCCCGUGGCCCCUGAGGACAUUGACCUUACUCCCCAGGAGAGUGGGGUGGGCAAAGUGCCCCCGAACUACCAGAUCCAGUUCCUGCCCCGUCAAAGAGGCUGAGGGAAGAUGAUCAAGGAUACCAGGGUCACGUGUGUCCCCACCUCUGCAGAGACUGGCCUCUGAACUCUCUCCCUGUCUUCCUGCCUCUGGUCAGGGUGUGCUGUGAGCCAGCAUCCCUUCCCUCCAUGGAUGCCACCUCCUUGGGAAAGUCCCUUCUGCAUCUCACCUCCUUCCGUCCUUCUGCAGCUCUUCUAAACUCAAGGAGGUGUUUCCUUUCACCUAUUAAUAGAAUUCCACAAGUGAUGUAUACAUAUAUACAUAAAUAUGUAUAUAUAUCUUUGGCUAAAUAAAUGAAGCAAAGAAUGAAA